CAGUGGGAGUCUAUUCAUCUGAGCUAAAAGCAAGACUGAAGGCUUCAAAAGCAAUAAAUGAAAUGUAUGAUAAUGUUAUAUUGAUGAAAUUGGAGUCUUUUAAAGUCUCAGACAUUGUUAUACACAGAAUUCUUGACAUUGCCGAGGAUUUAGCUGGAAUCGCUUUCUGGUUGGAUCAUCUUAUUAUGUUUCUGGACAAUGAAAAUACUGAGCACAUUUCAAGAAGGAGGAGUAAUGCAGAAUAUAUCUUCAAUGGGCAGGCAAAUGAGACUGAAAAAAUAUUUGCUUUCAUAUUGUCUGGUUUGGAAAGAGAAGACUUCAUAAGUGUUUUACAACGGUAUGUAAAUCACACUAUUAAUUUGGACAAUGUUGUUCUUCGUCUGGCUGCUGAGCUUUCAUGUUAUGAGUUAAUCAAAUUGCUUCUGAAAGUAGGAGCUGAUGUUAUUUGUACAGACGAAGAUGGACAAACAGCCCUACACAUUGCUUGUAGUAAAAGAUCUUUAGAAAUUGUUAAGAUAUUAACUGAAAACUCACCAACACAUAUUCUUGAGAUGACUGAUGGAUAUAGAAACACUCCUUUAGACAUAGCUUGUGGAAAAAGCUCUCCGGAAAUUGUUCAGUACCUCUUGUCGCAAGGCUGUAAUGUGCUUGUAAAUGAUGAUCGAUCAUUUGGCCCUGUGUUGAGUGCUAUGUUUAAUGCUGUGGAUGAUGCUGUACCUAUUGUUAAUCUGUUAUUAGAUGCUGGUGCAAAUAUAAACCACAGAGAUGAGUAUGGAAGAACAGCAUUGAUGAACGCUGUAGAACUGUGUGCUGUCCGCAAUCCAGCAGAUUUAGCAAAAUGUACAAAAUAUUCGUAUGUAGAUUUGAGUAUGCUCUUGAUAGAACGAGGAACUGAUGUUAAUGUUGCUGACAACUUUCAUCAGACUGCAUUGCAUUUGGCAAUUCGGUCAAAACAAGAAAUUUUGGUUCGCAAACUGCUUAUUUGUAAAUGUGACAUCAACAAACAUGACAAUGAUGGUUUUACACCGUUAUUCUAUGCAUGUGAAAGUGGAAGUCGGGCAUUAGUUGAUCUACUUAUAAACUGUGGUGCUAAUUUACGGGCCCAAAAUUGGGAAGCCGCUUUGGAUUCCUUCCUAAAUGAAGAAGCUAUUCAGUUAGCAAGUUACGUUAUUUAUAAAUCCAAUCAAUGUCUUACAUUAGAAAACUUUUGCAGUGUUAUACUCAGAAAUAAGCUCAGAAAUGUAGAUAAAGAUGUUUUCCAACUUGGAUUACCUUCAGUGCUUGUUGAACGUAUACAGCUUAAAGACUGAUAACCAUAUGUAAUAUAAUUUCUUAGUAUGCAUGUAUGAUUAUAUAAAGUUGUACUUGUGACGGGAAGUUGUGUAAAAAGUUAAUGAGUUUAAAAUAAUCAUAAGCAUAUUUUUUUAAACAUUUUAUUAUAUGUAUAUACACUAGUGUGCAAAACUUAGCAACUUUUCAGACUUUGCCUGCAAUUCUGCAAAAAAUCAACUUGGAAACAGGAAAUUCAUAGUACAGAGGCACUAUGUAUUAUUUAAAGGUUGAGGAAAUUACUGUAACUGAAACAUGAAUAGGAUGCAUUCAGUACAGAACGAAUAGAAAAAAGGCUUUACUUAAUGGCUUUGCUAGGAAAAACUGUCUGAAGUGAGUGAGAACAAAUCAAAGAGCCUUCUUAGUAAGGGAUAUGAUCUUCCCUAACUGCAAUGGCUGCGUUGCACCAUCUGUUGAUGCUCAAUACCAGGCUAUUAAACAGUUUCUGGGAUAAGAGUUUUUAUUCUUCAAGGAACAUCUGUUUCAGCUUAUGGCAUUCUCCAAAGGGCAAAUUUGUGCACUGGCUGUUUCCUAAAGUAUCCUACACAUGCUCAAUGGGAUUUAAAUUAAGAAAAUUCUUUUUGUGGAUAUAUUCACUUUCCAGGAGCUCUUCAACAGCAUGUUGCCUGUAUGGCCGUGCAGUGUCAUCCAUAAAAGAAAGUUGGGACCAGUAACACUGCAGAAGGGAUGCACUUGGGGAAGGAUAACUUCAUCACAGUAACAAUCUCUGGUAAGUGAACCUGUGUCGAAAAUGUGGAGCUCUGUCCAUCUGUUUUUCAUAAUGUUUUCCCAUACAAGCAUGCCAGAAGUACCCCAUUGAUCUCUUUCCUUGAUGUUAGUGGGAUGAAAGUAUGUUCUUGCAUCUGUCCAUAUCAACUGGCACCAAAAAUCGGUUGUCAGACUGAAACGGCUGUUAUUGGUAAAGAGGGCAUGACACCCUUAAUGAGAUGUUCAGUCUUUGUUUCUCUACACAUUGUAAAUGGUGCUGCUGUUGAUAGCAUUUAGCAUUGCAGCAUUCAGAUCAGUGGGCGAAUAGGCCACCUUUAUGAAGUCAUCUGGCCACAGUAAACUGGGACACCUGUCAUCCAGUUGCCAUGCACAGCUGCUGAACAAUGUUGCCCACUGUCUGGUUUUGAGCUCUUUUGCCUGCAAGGUGAUGUAUUGGUCAUCAGUCACCUUUGUUUCCCUGGCUAACCACCACCAACCUUACAGUGUACAUGUAAUUUGAAAGGAUUUCCAAGUUCUUCAACAGACAUCAAACUGCAGCCCUUCUCAAAUUUCCUAUUCAUUCUACCAUAUGUUAAAUGCAUCCUGAUGUUUUAUUAUAGCCAUACUGCAUGUAAUCUCAUUUUUAUUUGCAGAAGAAUGCUUAGAAAUGCAUUUUCCUUUCUUUAUAAGUUGCGUUGUACUGCACAUGUUGACUCCUUGCAUUUAUGUGCCCUGACAUAUCCUCUGAUGUCAUGGUGUGGAUAUUUGCACCUUUUUGCUGAGUUGUCUUUUCUUUCUGCUGAUUUGCAAAAUGUCCUUUCCAACAAUUUCAUGGUUGUAUGCAGUGUUGCCAGAUCAUGUGAUUUUUCACAAAUUUGUGACUUUUGACAAACUCAUGUUGCUAAAAUUUUAGUAUUUGCGAAAUUUUCACAACCUCCAUCAUUUCCUUAUGCUACUUUUUGUAACUUCAAAGUUUUUUUUAAACAUAUCGUAAACUGCUUCGUAAAACAGAGAAUUAUGUACCUUAAUACUACUAUUCACGACUUUAGUUCUCUAUAAAUUUUGUUUUUAAGAGACCCCCCCCCAGUUCUACGGUGAUAACAAAUCGAACAAAAGAACUUGCAGCUUGCGUGUCAUAUAUUGGGUACUCAAACAGAGAAAGGAAUAAAAUGCAUUCUCUUGAUUAUAAUACUGCUAAGAACUAAGCAAUGGAAAUAACUCAAAAGUCAAAGCAGCUGCAUUUUUCUAAAUAACAAAAAUUAAUUUAACAGUGAAAGAACAAACAAUGCUUUCUUAAGUAAUGAGAAUCUGAAAUAAGUCCACCAACCCAGAAUGGAAUACUCACUGAAAAGCAUUCCUUAAUUGAAAUGUUCACAAUUAAUCAAAGAAAAAUAAACAGUGAAUUAAAAAAAUUUAGUACAAAAGUGCUAACAAUCUAAAAGUAAGGAAUAUCUUAAAAAUUAAUUUAAAAACAGAAAUCUAAAUUAAAUAAGAAUUAAUUAGAAAAGGGGGGGAUAUUUAAACACUUGAAAAUGAGCAAUAUAGUUUUGAAAUUUUUGUUAAGGCUAAGAUACUUAAAUAAAACAACUAAGAAUCGAAUACAGCUGGUAACUUAGCGAACCAAUGAGAUGCAUUCUGCAAGAGAAGAAGAGGAAGAAUGAUAUUGUUUGUUUGUAGUAGUUAUAUAUAAGUCACAUGAUCACUGAAGCAACCUACACGGUUUGCUAGCAUUAGCUGUACAUAAGACAUAUGAUCUUUGAGGUCAUUGGACUGUAUUUCAUAGACAGUAAGUUUGUGAUGACGUCAGAGGUCAUAUCAGCACGCAAAACUAUGAUAUCACAAAAAUUACAUCAUCUUUGACGUCAUUUGCGAAUUUUGGAGUCUUCUAUUGCUAUAUUAGCUGAAAAAUUUCUGGCAACACUGAUUGUAUGUUGAAGAAUGAAUUUGUUGCUUAAGUUUUGCACACUAGUAUAGGUGUAUAAAUUAAAUUGUAUUUGCUUUUUUAUUGGGAAAUCUAUUGCAUAUUUAUAGCAGUGCAAGCAAAUAACAAUAAAGGAAUACCUGUGUUCUACAA